UGCAGUAAGUACGGAUGCAGACUGUAACUUGUCGCAAUCUGUUUAACCUGCGUUCUAAUUUUAUUUCACUUUCAUGAUCAUAUGUCAAUUUGUUGCUAAUAUGUCAAUUUGUUGCAAAAACGAAAGGAAUAAUAUAACACGAAAAUAGUCAAAGAAACGGUGUAGAUGUAAAGCUGUGCGAGAUAACUCUACAGGUUAUGAACACUUUAUAAAAAAGAUAUCACCAACCGAACUGAAUUGUUGGCUGCGCAAAAAAUGUAUUUAUUGUAUUUUUCAUUUAAAUACAAUUUUUAAAAAAUUACUUAAAAUUAAAAGCUCUAAUUAUCACAUAAAUUAGUAGAGACGCUAUUUUAAAAUCUCACUCAAUUAAAAUGUGGAAACAAUCGAAACUGUUGUACAAUAGAUGCGCAGUGCAAGGAAGAAAAGCUCUCUCUCACACUUACAAAACAGGAGAACCGGCCACGAAGGUGACCGACGCCGAAAAUUCAGAAUGUGCACUUCCCAAGGAAGCACGAGUUGUUAUAUGCGGAGGUGGAGUUAUGGGAGGUGCAGUAGCAUAUCACUUAUCUCUCAUGGGACUUGGACUUCAAACUAUUUUGCUAGAAAGUGGCAGAUUGGGAGGUGGAACAACAUGGCAUGCAUCAGGAUUAGUGGGAGCCUUCAAGCCCAGUCUGGCUCAAGUGAAACUUGCGCAGGAUAGCAUUGCUUUAUAUAAGGAAUUAGAGAAGAAAGGUCUAUCAACAGGAUGGAAACAGUGUGGUAGCCUCUCCUUAGCACGUACAAGAGAUCGCAUGACCUCAUUCAGGCGAAUGAAGGCACAAUCUGUAUCACGUGAUGUUGAGUGCCACUUAGUUUCUCCAGAGGAAAUUCAAGCUCUCUGUCCAUUAUUACACAUUGAAGAUCUAAUUGGAGGAUUAUGGAUUCCAGAUGAUGGUGUUGGUGAUUCAUAUCAGAUCUGUUUAACAUUGAUUCAAGAAGCACAACAAAGAGGUGUUACAGUAUUUGAGAAUUGCGCGGUUACGAAAGUAAUCAAUCAGAACAGCCAGAUAGAAGCAGUGGAAACUACACGCGGUACCAUCAAAUGCCAGCAUUUUGUAAACUGUGCUGGAUUUUGGGCACGGAAUGUGGGUAAACUCAGUGAGCCAUAUGUUAAGGUACCACUCCAUCCUGUAGAACAUUAUUAUUUACACACUAAACCAAUUGCUAAUUUAGAUCCAAUGACACCAGUUAUACGCGACUUAGAUGGGUAUAUCUAUUUUCGAGAGAACGAAGGACGGCUGUUAGCCGGUGGUUUCGAACCAAUCGCAAAACCAGCGUUUGAAGAUGGCAUGAUUCCAGAAAGUAUGGAUAAACGAUUUUUACCAGAAGAUUGGGAUCACUUUCAUAUUUUGCUGGAACAGAUGUUGCACAGAAUUCCAAGUUUAGGAAAUGCAGUUCUGGAGAGACUCUGCAACGGGCCUGAAGCAUUCUCCCCUGAUUGCAAAUGGAUCGUGGGGGAGGCGCCGGAAAUACGUAACUACUACAUCGCCGCCGGAAUGAAAACGGUCGGAAUAUCCGCCGCUGGCGGAGUUGGUCGCGCAACGGCGGAAUUGAUAGUUAACGGCUCAACUUCGUUAGAUAUGUACGAGUUGGAUGUCUCACGUUUCCUUGGGCUACAUAAUAAUCGUAAAUUUCUGCGCGAUCGAGUGCGAGAAGUACCCGGGAUGCACUACGCCCUGCAGUAUCCACAUCUCGAGUUCAAGACUGGAAGAAACCUGAGGAUGUCGCCGAUUUAUCCGAAGCUCAGAGAUGCGGGCGCCGUUUUUGGCCAGGUCAUGGGUUACGAGAGACCGUCCUGGUUUCAAUUAGAUGAUAACUGUGAUUUGGAGUUUCCCGAUGGUUUCCAGAGAUAUAAAAUAGCUUACACGAAUACCUUCGGUAAGCCUCCUUGGUUCGACGCAGUCGCGCAAGAAUACGCUGCUUGCAGAGAAACAGUCGGUCUGAGUGAUUAUUCCUCCUUUACCAAAAUUGAUCUAUGGUCGAACGAUACGGAAGUCGUGGAUUUGCUACAGUAUUUGUGCUCAAAUGAUGUGGAUGUACCUGUAGGAAGUAUUAUUCACACCGGUAUGCAAAAUCACCGAGGUGGUUACGAGAACGAUUGUAGUCUAGCGCGAAUUGCACCAAAUCAUUACAUGAUGAUUGCUCCAACUAUUCAACAAACGCGUUGCAAGAAUUGGAUCCAUCGUCAUCUACCAGUGGAUGGUUCUGUCGCUGUAUCUGAUGUCACCUCGGCAUACACUGCAAUUUGCAUAAUGGGACCGGCCACUAGAAAAUUGCUGACUGAAUUGACGGACAUAGAUUUAAAUCCAAAGAAUUUUCCAUUCUUCACAUUCAAAGAAUUAGAUGUCGGACUUGCCAAUGGCAUUCGUACGAUGAAUUUAACGCACACCGGAGAACUUGGCUACGUUCUGUAUAUUCCAAACGAGUUUGCUCUACAUGUCUAUAUGAGACUAAUAGAGGCCGGAGCGAAAUACGGAGUGAAACAUGCAGGUUAUUAUGCAACGAGAGCAUUACGUGUUGAAAAGUUUUACGCAUUUUGGGGACAAGAUCUAGAUACUUUCACUACUCCCCUAGAAUGCGGAAGAUCGUGGAGAGUAAAAUUUGAUAAAGAAGUCGACUUUAUAGGUAGAGAUGCUCUUUUGAGGCAGCGUGAGCAAGGAGUCAAGCGCAAAUAUGUACAAUUAUUGUUGAACGAUCACGACCUCGAAUUCGACACUUGGUGCUGGGGUGGCGAGCCUAUUUAUCGAAAUGGAAAAUACUGCGGAAUGACAACGACCACGGGUUACGGUUUUACGUUCAAAAAACAGGUAUGUCUCGGAUUUGUGCAAAAUUUCGAUUCGAAGGGUCAACCGCAAGAGGUGACAAAUGAGUACAUAUUGUCGGGUGAUUACGAAGUGAACGUCGCGGGUAUCAUGUAUCCUGCAAAGUGUCACUUGCACAGUCCUAAUUUACCGACCAAAUUUCCCGAUAAAGAGAGAGAUGCUUAUCACGCUACGCGCGAUCAACAAUCUUUGUAAUCUCUCUCUUAGAAAUAACGCUUCAAAUCUGUACAAACGAUGUAUAUAGUAAAAAAUUGAAUAAAUCGUUUAAUAAGUAUCACUCAAAAA